AUGACGUCACAAUCGGAGAGUUGCCUAGCAAGCGUAUCCAUGAUCAGCGAGCGGCAACGCAAUACUUUCUGGCUUAAUACUACUAUAUUAAAGACGUGAAUCAAGCAAAUAAAAAAUUAAAAAAUAGCUAACAUCACUUGUAGGCCGUUUUUGGCUAGCUUCUUUAUUUAUUUCUUUACUACAACCUGGCUGGCGAUAGGAACGACGAAAAUUGUAGUCUUUUUAAGCCACAAAAACGCCACUCCGUAAUGAGCGAGACGGCCUGUUUGAACUACAUUUCCUAGAACCUCUUUGGUUUGGCCGUUUGACAAGCGACAGACCCUUCUUGUCUUUCACACUACAGUCUAGAGUUAUUAGCUAACGUUGGGUGUUAUUUGAGGCGACAGGAUGGGUGUAUCAGAUUUACAAUUUGAUACAAAUGCCGAACCUGUGGUGGAUCUUUCGGCCCGGGGUAUGCAAAAGCUGGAUCCUAGUUUCACCUGCUCCGAGGACGCUCACACUCUCAUCCUGGACCGUAACCACAUAAUGAAACUGGACCAUCUGGAAAGGAGCCCAGGCCUUCAGCAGCUAUCUGUAGCCAGUAACCGUCUGGUGAGAAUGAUGGGCGUGUCUCGCCUUACAGAGCUGAGAGUCCUCAAUCUUCCCAAUAACAGUAUUGGAUACAUCGAGGGGCUAAGAGAUCUGCCACAUCUCGAAUGGCUCAACCUGUCUGGGAACAAUAUUAAGGUCAUUGAGCAACUCAACAACUGUGUUUCCCUUCAACACCUGGAUCUGUCUGACAACAACAUCUCUACCAUUGGUGAUCUGACUAAACUGAUGGCAUUAAAGACACUUUUACUCCAUGGAAACAGCAUUACAACACUUCGUACUGUUCCCGCUCACCUACCUGCCCAUUUAUCCAUUCUCUCCCUGGCAGAGAAUGAGAUAAGGGAUCUUAAUGAAAUGUCAUACCUGGCACCUCUCCAUGACCUGGAGCAGCUGUCCAUCAUGAGCAACCCUUGUGUUAUGGCGACUCCCUCAUUGCCAGGUUUUGAUUAUCGACCAUAUAUCAUGAGUUGGUGCCUGAGCCUAAAGGUCCUGGAUGGCUAUGUAGUGUCACAGAAAGAAGGUCUCAAAGCAGAGUGGCUCUACAGUCAGGGAAAAGGACGCUCAUAUCGACCAGGUCAGCAUGUUCAGCUGGUUCAAUACCUGGCCACUGUUUGCCCUUUGACGUCUUCACCAGCCCUGGAGACGGCAGAAGAUGCCAAAUUGGAGAAGAUCCUCAGUAAGCAGAGGUUUCACCAAAGGCAGCUGUUAGAGGAGACCCAAGGAGGCUGUCCCAGCCCUCCUCGACCAACUCAACUAGAUGUAGAGAGGCACAGUCCUUCACAUUCAGUCCCACAGGGGGGAGCCAGAGAGGCGAAGAAAAGUAUUGCACUUGCACCAGCUGCUGCUCCGUCAGUCCGGGAGACAGAGCCAGUCGUGCAGUUUAACACCUGGGUGAGCUGUGAUUCUUCACACCCAUCAUUGCCUGUAGUUCGCAGCCCAAGGCUCAGAGAGGAACACAUCUAUUUGGAGGAUGUGCAGACAGAUGAGGACAAACUCAAUGGCAGCAUGCUGUCCUCAGAGUCCACCUCUCCCUUCGCAUCUGACCUGGAGCCACAAACGACCCACUCUGACAGCGAGGACGAGACCGAGACAUUUGAACCUGAUUCCCUGGCUCCAAAGCGACCAGCACAGCCCAAAAAGCACAACACAAACAAGACACAUCAUUUGCCCCCAGCAGAUAAGCAAGAGAGAGGUCUUGAAGAGGUGGUUAUUUCUGGCGCAGCCACAACAGCUGGAUCACUGGGGGUCAGAGUUAGCACACCACAAAAUGAUCUGGAAACAUUCUCUGACUUUGGUAAAGCAGAGAUGAAAGAAGCCCCCAAGCAGGAAGAAGUUGGUAUGUGUGCCAGGAAAUCAAGUUUGACGGAAGCAGACAGGGCAGCGGUUAAAAUACAGUCAUGGUGGAGGGGACAGCACACUCGGUGUUGUGACCCCAUGGCCAGAGAGGUACGCAGUGAAAUCCGCCUGCGCAGGAUGCAAGAACACAUCCUUUUCCUGUCUGAAAAGUUUGACAGGGUGCAGCAGCAGUAUGAAGAAGAGAGGUUACAAAGGCUGGUUCAGGAGGAAGCUGUAAAGUUUCUGUGGAAACAGCUCCAGUCGAUGCAGCAGUGGAAACAGUCUGUGGAGCAGCAGCUGGCCUGCAUUAGUCAGCCUGUCACCCCGGCUCAGAUCUCAGCUCCUGGACUAUGUGAGGCUGCCACGCCUGUUGCAUCCAGCACGACGAACCCUCCCAGCACCGAUGUCUCCUUCCCAGACUCUGGCUUCCAGUCAACAAAUGAUCAGCAGGCAGCGCAGGAGGACAGCUUCCUGAGCAGUGGGACAGCAGACUCUGUGAAGACGGUGCGAGCACUGAGCCCUGUUCGUAGCGGCUUUGCUGGUGGUAGCGAUGGUGUGGACAGCGCAGACUGCAGCCUGCUGGAGCAGUACCUCUCCUCUGUACAGCAGCGGGAGGAGGAGGCUGAGGAGGUGAUCAGCGAUAGAACAGAAACGCCACAGCCCUCCUCACCAGUAUCACCCAGCAAAACAGCACAGUCCAACCCCCCCCCGAAGAAGGCAGCAGACAACCAAUCAGAAGUGCAAAGAAAGGAGGAAACCACUGCUCCCUCUUGAGACUAUGGGAGUGUCGGACAACUGCACUCAUUUUGAUUACUGGCCCAGAUCUCAAAUGAUGACAGUGCACUUAGCUUCCUUUGUUUACCAAGACUGAACCCAGGACAGGCUUGAAAACUAUACCUUACUGUGAAUAUAACCCAAGUUUUUUUUUUAUAUACUUCCACUACUUGGGUCUGUUCUGUUAUUUAAUGGACAUUUUCUUCUCUGUGUAAAGACAAUGAUUGUGAUGUAGCUUGAGAAGGUAUUAGAAACUUGAAAGCAAUUAUUUUAUGAUGAAAUACAGUGAGUAGCUUGCUACCUCUACUGAUUAAAAGACCAGGCAUGGUGUAACCUAUUCUCUUCUGUAUCUAUCAAUAUCCACUGCAUUGAAUACAUAUGAUAAACUACAAUUAACAAGAUUAGGAGUUGGUGUGUUAACCAUAGUGCACUUGUAACCACAGAUAUAUAUAUACUAUACAUAAAACAACAAAUAGCUGAACUGUUUUUAUCAACUUUAGAUCACAUCACCUGAAAAUGUUGUAGCAUCUUUAUCUUCUUAAAAAAUGUAAAUAAAUCUGCAAUUAUUGUUUUCCAA